GAGUCUAUACAGUGUCGGUGGUAUACGUGUCGGAUGAAAUAGUCGCAUUUGUUUUUAUCGUGACUGACUUUCGGUGCCUGUAUAGAUUCGUAUGUAAUACAAAACGAGGGGAGGACGAGUUGUAUGCCGUCAAAUGUUGAACUACUGAUCCAGCGUGUUUGUCCAAUCGUCUCUCUUCCUCUGUGUGUGUGUGUGUGUGUGUGCCUCCAUUGUGUGCAAUCUUGCUUGUUUGUUUUCAGUUCGCUGGAUAUUUGGAGGUUGAACAGUUGAAAUUGUGUAGAGUCCAAUUUUUGUGGGGGGACUCUGAACUGAAAAUGGUUCAACAACAACAGCCCGAUUGUAAGGAUGUACGGUCCAGGAACAUGCAACGAUCACCUACACCCGAGAGUCUGCAGUAUGGCGGAGGUGACAGUAGCUACGGCAGUAACAGCGCCGGUCACAAUCAUCAUUGCUGCUGCGCCAACGGGGACCCCAACAGUCCCGGCUCAUCGUUCCAGUCCAGUCUGAAUCAUCCGUCAGGCAGCUGUUCGCAAACGGCCUGCGCUGGAUGUUCGUCAUCGGCAGCGGCUGCAACUGGCAUCACUUGCAUCGCCGGUCCAGUCAGUUCGUCCAGCAGCGGGGCUGGCGGCAAUGCUCCGACCAUCGUCACAUCAACGGCGGCCGGCAUUCCGUCGGCAGUCAAAUUCGAACUGGGCCGGAUCGAAGUGUGCGAGGGAUGCGGAUUGGGUAUCGCCGACCGCUACGUGAUGCGCGUAGCCGACGGGUCCUGGCACGAGGACUGUCUGGUCUGCUGCAUCUGUCACGCCCCUCUCGUUCAUUCUUGCUUCACGCGUUCCGGCAGGGUCUACUGUCGCCAAGACUACGACAGAGUGUACGGCGCUAAAUGCGGACGUUGCGGCGAACGAUUGUACCCGCACGAAUUAGUCAUGAGGGCUGGCUCUUCGCUGGCUUUCCAUUUGCCAUGUUUCGGUUGUUUCAUCUGCGGCCGACCGUUGCAGAAAGGCGAUCAGUUUGUGGUCAGGGCGGGUCAACUUCUGUGCAGGGACGAUCUCGAAAAGGAUUUAUUCCUCAUUCAGUCGACUACCAAUAACAACAAUAAUAACGGAGAUGAUUCCGCGGCUGACGACAACAAUCGGCCACGACACGACGGCCGUCGAGGGCCUAAACGACCGCGGACGAUCCUAACCUCGGCCCAGCGGAGGCAGUUCAAAGCUUCGUUUGAAAUCAGUCCCAAACCUUGUCGCAAAGUGCGCGAAGCUCUGGCCAAAGAAACGGGUCUCAGCGUUCGCGUCGUUCAGGUGUGGUUCCAAAAUCAACGAGCCAAAAUGAAGAAGCUGCAGCGCAAAGCCAAAAUCGAAGCCGAGAAAAAUGGAUCGUCCACAUCAGCGGCUACGACCUCUGGCGACAAGAAAGACGGCGCAAAGGGCGACGGCAAAAAGCGGUUUGGAGAUAGCGGCGAUGGUGCAGGCAACUCGUCGCUCAUGUCCAACAUGCCCUACUCACCCAACGGUGAUGGGUCUUAUGUCGGCCAUUCGGGGGAUAGUAUGUGUGGGUCGGAUUUAUCACUGGACGAUAGCGGCGGGUUUGAUCAGCUGGACGACGGACAUUCGCUUAGCGGUGUUGACCUUCAGGACAUGCAGCAACAGCAGCAACAGCAUUCGAUGAGUUUACAUCAUCUUCACCAUCACUUGGCUGAGGCGUCCUCACCUCACCUCCACUCCAAUCACUCGGAAUUGAUUCCAGCACCGCCAUCCGGAUCCUAUCAUCCCAUCAAUCCAAUAGAUAAACUCUAUUUGAUGCAGAAUGCCUACUUCCGUUUGGACCAAUAAGAGAAAGGUCAACAGCCUCCCAACUAUUAUAUAAUAUCUUCUCUCGUUUGAUUUGAAAUUGAUUUUUCUUUCGUCCGUUCUUCACUUGCUAACGUUUUUAAUGUAUAAAGUGUUAUUCUAUCAAAGUGCUGGGG